UGUCACUGUUUCCAUUUACUCUCUGAUAGCAUUUUUAGCAUUUUACAUUUAAUGCCUUGCUCUCGGUUUGUUGUCCUUGUCGAAAUAUUAAAAUAAAUGUAUAUUUCUCUAAGAAAGUGUUUUUAUAAAACAGUCUCUACACAGUAUCCAGGCUUGCAGUCUUAGCUGUCUGACAGUGCUGUAGGAAAUCUAACCGUAGAAGUAGGAAAGGCUCGUAUCUGACUUUAACACGCUGACAGCCAUGGCAGCGGUGAGUGUGCAGCAGGGAGAGGAUCUGCUCCAGUCCCUCACUGUCACUCUGGGAGCCACUGUCCCUACAGGCUUUGAGCACACUGCAGCAGAGGAGGUGCAGGAAAAAAUAGGAGCCAUUGCCAGAGUUAGCAAAGACCGAGGCAGGAUUUAUUUCGAAAUAACUACGGAGCAUCUGCAUAAGGUGCACCAUUUAAAGUCUGUGGAUAAUCUGUUUGUUGUGGUUAAACAUUAUGAAAAUUAUCAAUUCAAAGAAACAAAGGAAGAAGCUUUACUUGACUUGCAACAGCUUGCACCUGAGUUGCCAUGGAACAAUGCCUUGGAGGUAUGGAGAAUGAAUAACUCGCUAAAGAAGAAGAGAAGUCGCAGGAGAGGAGCUGCGACCUCCAAACCGAAGCCUAGUGAUACAUCCGAACCCGAGAAACCUCAAGCUGAGCCUGAGGCGACACAAAUACAAGAAAAGCCUGAAGGUGUUUGUCCUGAGCAGGAGUCCAAUCCUGAAGGAGAACAGGACUCCAAUAUUCAGGAGGCAGAAGCUAAGCCUUUAAAAUUCCGUGUGACAUGUAAUAGAGCCGGAGACAAGCACAGCUUCACUUCAAAUGAUGCAGCACGGGAAUUUGGAGGUGCCGUACAAGAGUUCUUUCAGUGGAAGGCAGACAUGACCAGGUUUGAUGUGGAAGUGCUGUUGAAUAUUCACAACAAUGAGAUGGUGAUUGGGAUUGCUCUUACAGAGGAGAGUCUGCACAGGAGAAACAUUACUCACUUUGGCCCAACCACUCUGCGCUCCACCCUGGCUUAUGGCAUGUUGAGACUUUGCAAACCACAAGUAUCGGAUGUCAUAGUAGACCCCAUGUGUGGCACUGGAGCCAUACCUUUAGAGGGGGUCAUGGAGUGGACAAAUUCGUUCUUUCUUUCUGGAGACAACAACGACAUGGCCAUCAGUCGAACAGUUAAUAACAUCAAUCACAUUAUAAAGAAAAAGCAAGAUGGUGGCAGCACUUCUCCAGGUUUAUCGAUAGACACUGCACAGUGGGACUUGUGCCAUUUACCCUUGAGGACUAGUUCUGUGGACAUCAUCACCACUGACAUGCCCUUUGGGAAGAGAAUGGGCUCCAGGAAGAAGAACUGGGAUCUGUAUCCUUCCUGUCUUCGCGAAAUGGCACGGGUCUGCAGACCAGGCACAGGACGGGCUGUAUUGUUGACCCAGGACAAAAAAUGUUUUACUAAGGCCUUGUCACGAAUGGGAGGGCUGUGGAGGAAAUCACAUACGGUUUGGGUCAAUGUAGGAGGGUUGCAUGCUGGAGUUUUCAUUCUUCGCCGCACGGCAGCACUUUUUGGUACCACUCCAGAAGAUGUAAGAGAGCCUCACAUAGGAUGUGAGUCACAAGAGGUCAACAUGGAGGAGAAGGUUCAGUCAGCAAGAUCUGAAUGAGUUCCUGAUUUAACUGAAUACAUAUGAAACCUAUAAAUUUUUGUUGCAGUGCAAUGUUAUUUUCACACAUUACAACAUUGAAUAACUUGGAAAGCUUUGUUUGUGGAAAUAUGCAUCCAUAAAAAAUUAUACAUUUUGCUCUCAGACUGUCAAAAUUUUACAAUAAACCGUGAAGUGAGUUAUUCCAA